AUGCAGUCCAAAGAGGUGUCAAUGCAAGAGAAUUUGCUGAACAUGGCUCAGAGUGGUAUCCAAUAUCCCAAUCUGUAUGUCGUGGACAGUCAAGCAAUGCCUCCACCGUUGCCCCCUAAACCGGUCCUGCGUCGCCGAAGGUCCGCAACUCAGACGCUCCUGUAUGUGCUGGUAAUUCUGGCCCUGUGUGGCUUGCUUGUGGAAGGAUGUUUCAUUUACCAUCUUUACAGAAAUACCAAAACAACUGAAGAAGUAAUACAACACAGUACACCGAGACCAAACCCUACUGUGAAACCUCCAAAGCCGAUGGCACAUCUGUCAGCUGGAGCUUACUCUCCUCUUGAAACCGGAGUGAUGAUGUGGGACGAUCAAGGACAAACCGUCCUUUACAAGAUGGAACUUGAGAAAGAAAAGGGACAGCUGAUCGUUCAGAAAGAAGGUUAUUACUCCAUCUAUUCAAAGGUCUGCUACAGUGAAGACGGCAUCAGGUUCACACAUUCUGUGGUCCAAGCCACGAAACGGUACGGAGAGAUGGAGCUCUUGCGCUCUCGGACGUAUCAGUCCAAAAGUCACAGGAAACUCGGUUUGUCAAACAGUUACUUGGCUGGAGUUUUCCAUCUUUUCAAGGACGAUGCCAUUUUUGUAAAAGUGUCAAACCAUACUCUUGUCAGACGGUCGGAUGCUGCGGAGAACUUCUUUGGUGCAUAUAUGCAUUAG